AGCCCCUGAGAGUAUUUAUUUAUUGGCCAGUAAUCUGUAAAAGGAAUAAAUUAAGAUCGACCAAGAGUACUCCAAGAAUCAGGGCCAUGUCCAUGCCGUCCAGCGCCCUGUCGUCGCAUGGUGAGAAGCAGCAGCAGCAGCAGCAGUUGGUCUGUGUGACGGGAGCAGGAGGUUUCGUCGGGGCGUGGGUGGUGAAGGAGCUCCUCCUCCGUGGCUACCGCGUCAGUGGAACCGCCAGGGUUCCCGCGGACCGGAAGAACGAGCACUUGCUGUCACUGGAGGGAGCGAAGGAGAGGCUCGCCCUGUGCCGCGCCGACGUCCUCGACUACGGCAGCCUCCGCGCCGCCUUCGCCGGCUGCCACGGCGUCUUCCACGUCGCCUCUCCGGUCUCCGACGACCCCGACCUGGUUCCGGUGGCCGUGGAAGGGACGAGGAACGUGAUCAACGCGGCGGCGGACGCCGGCGUGCGGCGCGUGGUGUUCACUUCCUCCUACGGCGCCGUCCACAUGGACCCCAACCGCAGCCCCGACGCCGUCGUCGACGAGACCUUCUGGAGCGACUACGAAUUCUGCAAACAAACAGGCAACAUGUACUGCUGUGCGAAGAUGAUGGCGGAGAAGGCGGCGAUGGAGGAGGCGGCGAGGAGGGGGCUGGAGCUGGCGGUGGUGGUGCCGUGCGUGACGGUCGGUCCCAUGCUGCAGCCGACGCUCAACGCGAGCAACAGACGCGUCGCCAUCUACCUGACGGGCGCCAGGACGUUCUACCCGAACGCCGUCGCCGCCUACGUCGACGUCCGCGACGUCGCCCGCGCCCACGUCCUAGUCUACGAGCGCCCCGACGCCCGCGGCCGCCGUUUCCUCUGCGUCGACGCCGUGCUGCACCGCCAACGCUUCCUCCAGCUCCUCAGGGACCUCUGCCCGGAUUAUCCCAUCCCCACCAAGUGCAAAGAUGACGGCAAGCCGAUGGCGAAGCCGUACAGGUUCUCGAACCAGAGGCUGAGAGACUUGGGGUUGGAAUUCACUCCUCUGGAGGAAAGUUUGUACGAGACAGUCGUGUCCCUGCAGCGAAACGGCCACCUGCCGCUUCAUGGUCCGGUGCCCAAGCGUUCGCGUCUGUGAACCAAGAUAUACAUCGCCAGGGACAGAUUAUAUAUAUACACCCCGAUGAAAUUAAUAAACAUCGCUAUGUAUUGUACGGCUCUCAUAUAUACUGGGCUAGUGGCAACCGUCGUCCCUUGAUCACUCUCGUGCGCACAAUCUAAAGUGGUGAACCGGACACAGGGGCGGAUCCACCAAUAUGGCAAGGUGCGGCGACACACCUAAAAUAUGGCUCGAAAUACAAUAUACGCAGAGUAUAGUUUGUCUAGAUAGCCGUACAGAUUAUUUAUAUGUUUCGGUGCUUUACACAUCAUUUCUACGUUCGUCUAAUUAAUAUACUCCUUCCAUCCGA